UUAUAAAUGAAGUGAAAAACCGUUGACGCUCACGUAAGCUGUGAUCACAAAAAGGCAUUUGAAAAAUGGUAAUGGAUCCGGUGAAAGGGGACACGCGUGCCGUGAUUACCUCUCUUCGUUCGCGAGCUUGACAACGAGUAAACUAAAAUCAUAAACGACACCGCUCCUUUGCAGUUUAACCCAGUUCCCAGUUCCCCUCCUCGGCGAACUAUAGCCGAUUCCGGUCCUCACAAAUUCUAGAGAGAGAAAAAAUUAGAUGGACAAAAGUCUAGAGAGAGAAAGUGGAAGAGGUCUGAAGUAGAGUGAAGAACUGAUAAUCCAAUUUUUUGUUAGAGAGAGAGGGAGAAAAAAGAAGUUUGACUGAGGUUUGACUAUGCUGACUGAUUGAUUGAUAGAUCAUCAUCAAUCGAACGGUUGAAAAAGGUGAUGAUUUGCAGGAAGUGUGACAAAUGAGAGGGUUGAUGGAGAAUUUAUGGUUGCUUCCCUUGACAUUAACAAAGUGCACCGUGUAGCCGAGGUCCUUGAUUUCGAACCCAAGAUCGAAAGGUCUGCCUGUAUCAAGUUGAGUUAUCAUUGUUGGUGGCAUGGGUGUCUCAGGAAAAUGGAUCAAAGCACUGGUUGGCUUGAAGAAAUCAGAAAAGUCACAAUCUUCAGAUAAAGAAGAAAAUAGGGUAGCUGCUAGCAGAUUUCGUCACCAAAGAAAGCAAUCUGUUGAGUUUGACACUAGUAAACUUCAAGAAGACUUGGAUCAGAAUGCUGCUUCACCAGCCGAAGAUGCUACUACUCAUGCAACUGCAGGUACUGCUGGCUCUCCCUUAGAUGCACUUGAAGUGCAUGAUGCACCUCUUAAUGAACAUGCAAGGGAAGAAUGGGCUGCCACUAGGGUACAAACAGCUUUCCGAGGAUUCCUGGCGAGAAGAGCACUGCGAGCGUUAAAAGGACUGGUAAGAUUGCAGGCCCUUGUCAGGGGUCAUGCUGUAAGAAAACAAGCUGCAAUAACUCUUCGCUGCAUGCAAGCUUUGGUGAGAGUUCAAGCUCGUGUAAGAGCAAGGCGUGUUCGACUGGAAUUAGAAGGUCAAACUGCACAACAGAAAUUUCAGCAACAACUUGCAAAUGAAGCUCGUGUUAAAGAAAUAGAGGAAGGCUGGUGCGAUAGUGUAGGAUCUGUUGAAGAAAUUCAAGCCAAGUUACUAAAGAGGCAGGAGGCUGCAGCUAAACGUGAGAGAGCCAUGGCAUAUGCUCUGGCUAAUCAGUGGCAAGCAGGAUCAAGACAGCAGUCUGUGCCUGCUGGGUUUGAACCAGAUAAAAGCAGCUGGGGUUGGAACUGGUUGGAAAGAUGGAUGGCUGUACGUCCAUGGGAGAAUCGUUUUCUUGACAUUAAUCUUCGAGAUGGAGUAAUGAUACGUGAGGAUGGUCCUGCUGAGGGAAAGAAUGGUGCUAAUUCUCAGAUAAAACCUGCUAUCAAGAAAACAGCUGCAUCCAGUCUUCAUGCUAACCUUUCAAGUCAGAAAACAGGUCCAUCGCAUACCAAUGGAAGUGAUUCACCACCUGGUAAGUCAGCAAGUGUGCUAGAAGUAGUGAAUGCAUUGUCUUCCAAGCCAAAACCCAAAUCGAUUCUUGAAGAUUUGGUUGAAGAAGCUGGCUCAAGACCUCUUAUCAGUUCAAGAUCUCACAGCAAUCCUAAAGAGAGAUCCAUACAAUCAGAUAAACAGGCAAAGAAGCGAUUGUCUCUGCCUAACAGUGGGGGAGGUAUUGGGUCUCAAGCAACCAAGCCUAGCAGAACUGCUGCAAAAGUGACCCCUGGCUCUCACAAGCCAAUAAAGGAUAGGUCCAAGUUUAAUGGACGAGGAGACUCAAAUCCUGUAAAAGCUGUAGCACAGGCUGUUGAUAUGUGAGGAAGUAUUGUGAAGACAAUCCUGUUUGGGCUGCCAUCCUCCCAGGCCCUGUUGUUUUAGUAUGUAUAUAUUGAAUUACAGCGCGAGAUGUAAUGAUAUUGUUUAUUUUCCUGUCAUAGAACCGAGGAGUGGUUUGGCCGUGCUCCAUGGCAAAGUUGAGGAGAUUGGUUUGGCUUGUCACGGGAAUAAGAUGAGUAGAUUUUAUGUGUUGAUGUAAUCAGCUGUGAUUAAGGUCGUCAAUUAUGUGAUCACAUUGUAUUUAUUUACUUCUAAAAAAAUCUACAGAUGUUGCUGGAAAUCUUUUCAAUCU